AUGGCAAUAGAUGGUCAGACACCUAAUACCGGCCCUCGUCUAGGAGAGGAUUGUCAUGUAGAGGACAUAGUCCUUACAAUUCAUUCUAGUAAUCCUUUAACUGCCUCAUAUCAAGAGGUCGAUGAUCCUUCAAUUACUGCUGCUUCCUUGCAGACAACACUCAACAAACUUCGAAAGGAGUUUAAAAGCAACCGAGUUUCUGCCUCUAGGCAGCCGCCCAGAAAAGAGGGAGAAAGAGCUCCAAAGAAAACUCAGAACAGAGUAACCAAUGCAACAGAUGUUGGGAACACCCCAUUUCGCCGGCCGAAUGGAAGGUCUCCGAGGUAUCUAUCACCCAUGUUUCAAGAUAGAAAUCUUGGGAAAAAAGUUGAUGUGCAUGCCCAUGGAAGUUUUGAUCAAGUGGUGGAAAAAGCUUUGAAGUUUGAGAAGUAUGAAAAGGUGAGUAGUGCUAGUGGGUAUACUAAGCCUACCUUCAAGAGUUAUUUUGCUCCAAAGGGUGAGACAAGCAAGCCCAUUGCCAAGGAUGACAAAAGCAAGGCUCCCAUGUACUCUUCUAGCAAAGAUAACCACAAUCAAAUGAGCAAUCGAGAGACUUGCUACAAGUGUAGAGGUUAUGGACAUUUUGCUAAUGAGUGUCCAAAUAGUAGAGCUAUGAUGAUUCGUGAAAUGGAUGAUGAUGAUUACGAAGAUGAGAAGAGGGAUUUUGGAGACCCUAUAUAUGAUGAAGAGGAUGAGAUUCUAGUUGAAGCCGAUGAGGGUCAAAUCCUUGUUGUGAGGAGGGCACUUCACUCCAUUUCUACCCCUUUGGCGGAAGAGCAAAGGGAAAACAUCUUCCAAACUCGUUGUACCAUCAAGGAUCGAGUUUGCAACCUUAUCAUUGAUAGUGGCUCUUGCACUAAUGUCGCUUCAACAACAUUGGUGAGCAAGAUCAAUCUUGAAACUACUGAUCAUCCUACUCCUUACAAGCUUCAAUGGCUUAACAAUCACAAUGAGGUGAAGGUAACGAAACAAACUCUUCUUUCUUUCUCAAUUGGCAAGCUAUAUAAGGAUGAGGGGACUGAGCAUCAAAUCGAUCUUAUUCUCGGAUCACAACUCCCUAAUGGACCGGCUUAUAGGUGUACCCCCGAUGAAGCAAGAGAGAUUCAAAGACAAGUUGGUGAGUUGAUUGAAAGAGGAUUUGUGAGGGAAUCCCUUAGCCCUUGUUCGGUUCCGGCUCUUUUGGUUCCGAAAAAGGAUGGUACAUGGAGGAUGUGUGUGGAUAGUAGGGUCAUCAAUAACAUCACCAUCAAGUACCGCUUCCCUAUUCCCCGACUUGAUGAUAUGCUUGAUGAGUUAUAUGGUUCCAAGGUGUUUUUGAAGAUUGACUUGAGGAUGGGGUACCAUCAAAUUCAUAUGCGUGAAGGAGAUGAGUGGAAGACCGCUUUCAAGGAAAAUCAAGGCUUGUAUGAGUGGCUAGUUAUGCCAUUUGGGCUCUCUAAUGCUCCUAGCACUUUCAUGAGGCUCAUGAAUGAGUGGGGUUGGAGUUGGAGCGGUUCUUGUGAAGGAGGGAGGUUGGUUGCCUAUUUUAGUGAGAGGCUUGGUGGAGCAAGAAUGAGGUAUAGUACCCAUGACAAGGAAUUCUAUGCUAUUGUGAGGGCUCUUGAUCAUUGGUCACAUUACUUGAGGCCUGGACCAUUUGUACUACACUCCGAUCAUGAAGCUCUCAAGUUUGAGUUGCUGAAAGAGUUGUAUCGCAAUGAUGAGGAUUUUGGUGGGUUGAUGAAGAAGUGUGAGGAAGGGGUCGAUGGCUCUUUCAUAGGGCAAGAGGGUUUCCUUUUCAAGGGAAACAAGCUUUGUGUUCCGAAAUGCUCUCAUCGACGGAUGUUUGUUAAGGAAGCUCAUCAAGGAGGUCUAGCCGGACACUUUGGGGUUGCAAAAACAUAUGACAUUCUUCGAGAGCAUUUUUAUUGUCCCAAGAUAUUUGGUGAUGUGCAAGAUGUGAUACCUCGUUAUGGGGCUUGUCACAAGGCUAAGAGUCAAUUCUGUGAAGGACUCUACUCUCCUCUUCCGGUCCCUAAUCACCCUUGGGAUGAUCUUAGUAUGGAUUUUGUGGUUGCUCUCCCUCGCACUCAAAGGCAAAAUGAUUUCGUGUUUGUUGUGGUUGAUCGUUUUAGAAAGAUGGCUCACUUCAUUCCUUGCCACAAGACCGAUGACGCCUCUCAUGUGGCUACCUUGUUCUUUAGAGAAGUGGUGAAGCUUCAUAGCAUUCCAAAAAGUAUUGUGUCGGACCGUGAUCCUAAGUUCUUGAGCUACUUUUGGAAGACUUUUUAG